GAAAUGCGAGGUUCGUAACAAGAUGUCACGAUGUUAUUAGGUGACGUCACGAUGACGAAAACAUUAAUUUGAUUGACAGGCGCGGCGAGCGAGGCGUACAAAAAAGUAACACAAGCUAGGCUAUAAGUUUUAUAUAUUGUAAACAAAUGACUAUUUCUCUCGAUUUCUUGUUAAUCAGAAACUAUAUCGUAAUAAACUAACACGUUACAUGGUGUCAGGAGUGUUCUGAGUCGAAAUAAAACGAUGGUUGAGCCACAAGCAGAAGUCCAAGCGCCACAAAUGGCCCAGACGCCACAAAUAUUUAUAGCGCCAUCGAAUUUGCCACCGCCAAAGUCGCUUAUAUUCGACGAUAACUUGGCAACUACAUGGGAGUCUUGGAAGAAAUCAUGGACACGGUACGAGAUUGUAACAGGUGUACAAAAACAAGAAGGUAUUGUCAGAGUAUCAACCUUGUUAAGCGUAAUCGGCGAGGACGGUGUUAAGGCAUAUGACACUUUUACUUGGGGCGAAGAUGAAAAUCAAAAUGAUGUUGAUAUUGUACUUAAAAAAUUUGAUGAAUAUUGUUCACCGAGAACUCAAAUAAUCUAUGAACGAUACCGUUUCAACAAUGGAAACCAGGCACCUGGAGAAAACAUCGCAACCUACCUAACAGAACUGAGAACAAUCGCCAGAAAUUGUGCACAUGACUCGAUUACACCAGACGAAAUUUUACGAGAUCGUCUUGUUUUAGGCAUUCGUGAUGACCACGUCCGAGAACGUUUAUUGAGGCUAAACGAUCUCACGUUACAGAAGGCAGUCGACACUAUCAAAGCCGCGGAACAAACACAGCAGCAAGUCAAGCUCAUGAGCACCGGAGAAGAUUUUGUAAACACGCUAAGGAGAACACAACAAGAAGACGCCGGUAUAGAAAGUAAACAAUAUCGAAAGACAAAACCGCCGAGAUAUUCAAUGCGAAACCGCCAGCAGGAAGUAUUGUUUACAGAGUGUGGAAAUUGUGGUAUGGUUCACGACGAACGGAAUUGUCCAGCGUUCGGGAAAAAGUGUUUUAAAUGUGAAAAGAUGAAUCAUUUCGCGCGGAAAUGCCGAGGAAAAAAUAGCAAAGCACCACAAGUCAACCAAACUACGGAAGUCGAGCAAAAACCGGAAGAAGAUCUUUACUGCAUCAGUUCUAUUUCUGACAGCAACGAGCCCAAAGCACGCAAAGCUGUGAUCAAUUUGCAAGUGUCGAAGCCAGAGGCGGAGAACACGGUUCAAUUCCAGAUAGACACUGCGUCGCAAUGUGACAUUCUCCCGGCAAGUUCAUACAUACAAGUUACUGGUGACAAACAACUGCAACGCCUAAAGACCUGCAAGAAAGAGAUCGUUUCGUACACAGGAGAACACCGUAAAAUCACCGGAAGAGCCAAAUUGCCAGUGUGGUUCGGAGAUCAGCAAAGAACAUUGAACUUUAACAUUAUUCACGGAGAUUAUCAACCAGUUUUAUCAUUAGAUACAAGCAUCGCUCUUGGCGUUGUCAAUUUGACCAACUGUGACAUUUUGGCACUGACAAUAAAGCCUCCAGAAGACAACUCGUAUGUUGCAGAAGAGUAUGCCGACGUUUUUGAUGGCCUGGGCGAGAUAGCAGGAGCUCACACGAUAACUAUAGAAGAUACGGCGAAGCCAGUUAUCCAUGCCCCUCAACGUGUUCCAGUCGCAUUACGAGCUCAAAUAAAAGCCAAACUAGAUGAGUUAGUCGACCGAAAAGUCAUUGUCCCUGUCACAGAACCCACUCGUUGGGUAUCCAGUAUGUUGGCAGUCGUCAAGCCGAACAAGAUCCGUAUAUGCAUCGACCCGCGAGACCUAAAUCGUGUUAUACGACGCGAACAUUACCAACUACCCACUGUAGAUGAAGUCACUUCAAGAUUAACGGGUGCCAAGAAAUUCACACUCUGCGAUGCUAAGGACGGAUUUCACCAAAUCAAACUUGACACGGCUUCGAGUUAUUUGACAACGUUCAACUCCCCUUUCGGACGGUACCGUUGGACUCGCAUGCCAUUCGGAAUAUCGAGUGCACCCGAAGUUUGGCAAAGGCGUAUGCAUGAGUUUGCUCAAGAUCUUAAUGGAGUUGAAGUCAUAGCAGAUGACUUCCUUAUCGCGGGAUUUGGAGAAACUGGAGACGAGGUCGAUCGAAGCUUGGAAACGAAUGAACGGGCAUUUUUCAAGAAAUGUCGUGAGUGGAACCUCAAGCUGAAUAAAUCGAAGUUGAAGCGAUCACAGACAGAAGUCCGUUUCAUGGGACACCUCAUUACCGCUGAUGGCCUCAAAGCUGAUCCAGAAAAAGUCGAAGCGAUCUUAGACAUGCCUGCCCCAACUGACACAAAAGGCCUCAAAAGAUUUCUCGGGAUGGUAAACUAUUUGGCAAAAUUUUUACCUUUAUUGUCGGACAUGACCGAACCGCUGAGAAGACUUGAAGAUAAGGAUGUAGAGUGGUGUUGGCUCGAACAACACCAGCAAGCCUAUGACACUGUCAAGAAGUCUCUAGCCAAAGCGCCGGUCCUGAGAUACUACGAUGUCAGCAAGGAAGUUACUAUUGAAUGUGAUGCUAGUGACACUGGCCUAGGUGCUGUCUUAACGCAAGACGGACAACCCGUUGUUUUUGCUUCGAGGGCACUUACAGAUACAGAAACUCGUUACGCCCAGAUUGAAAAAGAAUUACUAGCGAUUGUCUGGGCAACCAGCAAAUUCGAUCAGUAUAUCCUCGGCCGAGAAACCGUUACCAUAGAAUCCGAUCAUGAACCGCUUAAGGCAGUUUUCAUCAAGCCUAUACAUAGCUCGCCUAAACGGUUGCAGAGAAUGCUGCUGGCCCUCCAAAAUUACAAUCUCAACGUGCAGUACAAGAAAGGUAAACUCAUGUGGAUAUCGGACACCCUGAGUCGUGCAUAUCGGAACACAACAGAAUCUUGGCGUCAUGACACGACUGAGGUACGAGCCCUGGAAGAGAUCGACCAUGCAGAGAAUCUGUCUAUUUCUCCAGACAGACUCGACCAGUUCAAGCGCGAGACACCGUCAGAUAAAACCAUGCAGAGUAUCAUCGUCGCGGUAAAGAAUGGCUGGCCUACAUCCAAGAGACAGUGCAGCCAGGACUUGGCACCGUUCUACGACAAAAGAAGUGAACUAGUAGUUGACAAUGGACUAGUUUUCGCUGGAGAACGUUUAGUAGUCCCAAAAUCAAUGAGAAAAGAAAUGCUGACGCAGAUUCACCGAUCUCAUAUUGGCAUAGAAGGAUGUCUUCGGAGAGCCCGUGAGGUAUUAUAUUGGCCACUCAUGAACGCAGAGGUUAAAGAUUUGAUUUCUAAAUGCCCAACAUGCCAGGCGUAUCAACCGGCACAAUGUCGUGAAGAAUUAAAACCAUACCCAAUACCAUUCCGUCCCUGGGAAACGGUCAGUAUGGACCUUUUUGAGCUUGGAAAACAACACUUUGUUCUGCUCGUAGACCACUGGAGUGGAUUCUUCGAGGUCCAAGAACUUACGAGAACUACCGCUGAUAAAGUCAUAGUAGCCUGCAAAGUCCAGUUUGCACGACAUGGAAUCCCAGAUACAGUGAUAACAGACAACGGACCUCAGUUUUCUGCCACAGAAUUUUCAGCAUUUGCAAGAGAUUGGCAGUUUAAGCAUCUAACUUCAAGCCCUCGUUACCCACAAUCUAAUGGCAGAGCAGAGAAUGCGGUCAAGACUUGCAAAAUGCUGAUGAAAAAAGCCAAAGCUGCUGGUCAAGACCCAUUGUUAGCAUUUUUAGACUGGAGAAACACCCCCACAGAAGGUCUGGGAUCAUCACCUGCCCAAAGGUUGAUGGGGCGACGUACGCGAACACUGUUACCGACUCACAAAAAUCUCCUUAAACAACCAAUCAACGAAGGCACUAGAGAUAAACUGGCUGCUCGGAAAUCACGACAAAUUCGCCAUUAUAACAAGACGCACCAUCCUCUUAAGCCAUUAAAAAAAGGUCAAGCUAUACGAAUGAAAUUACCAAAUGCAACAAAAUGGACCAUUGGAACGUGUACCAGGGUCUUGGAUAACAGAUCGUACGAAGUAGAGGUGAGUGGAAGGAAAUACCGACGAAACCGCCGACAACUCCGAGCAUCGCAAGAAAGACCUCCAACACCACCAGCUGGUAUGGAUCCUGAGAUUGGACCUGAGCAAAGCAGUAGGGAACCCGAGAACAGUUCGAUUGUGAAUGAACCCAAUCUCGAACACGUACCACUAUUAGACGGUGAAACCUCCGCUGAGACCAUUGGAAAUCUACCACGCCGAUCUACGCGUACAAAAUAUACACCGGUGUGGCACAAGGACUAUGUCACGAA